AUGGGGGUUAAAGAAGAAUUCACAGGAAAUUAUAUUUAUACACCCACAAACCAUACUUUGGUGGAACAUACUUCUAUUCAUACUAAGAAGGGACCUGUUUCAUGUGAAGAAGAAAAUUACAUUUACACACCCACCUCUUCUCACAAAUCAAAUCUUAUUUUACAUAAAACUCCUAAAAGAAAGAACAAAACUCACAAAGCAAAGAAGUCUUUCUCAUGUGCUGAAUGUGGUAAAAUCUUUGGCCGUAAUGAACAUCUUCUUAAUCAUGAAAGAACUCGCACAGGAGAGAAACCAUUCUCCUGUUCUGAAUGCGGUAAAUGCUUUGCCAGAAGUUCACAUAUUGUACAACAUCAGAGGAUUCACACAGGAGAGAAGCCAUUCUUAUGUACGGAAUGUGGGAAAUGCUUUAAUUGUAGUUCUCAUCUUCGCCGACAUCAGAGCAUUCACACAGGAGAGAGACCAUUCUCCUGUUUGAUAUGUGGAAAAGGUUUUGCUCGCAGUUCAGUUCUUGCUAACCAUCAGAAGGUCCACAAGUGAGGAACC